CUUGUACAUCACCCAUUAUGACACUCGUGUCAUGCUCAGCACAGACCAACAGCACGGUGAGCCAUGUCCUGUUCAGCCUCCCAGUGGACUCCUCAGCGUCCAAUUCUCUUCGGCAGCCUUUUGGCGUUUUGCUUCAUCUUCCUUUUCAUCUCGUACAAGGCUGACGUCGCCUACCCCGAUUUUGGAAAAGUUGGUCAGUUUUGUCCUGCCUUCCUGUGUGCAGAGAGAGCACAGAGCCAUGACUCAAUCCCCAGCAACUCCACAGAGCUCCUCAAUAAAACACAUUCAGGUCCGACCGAGAAGCUCCAGGCGGCAGCAGUGGACGCUGAGCCCGACACAGUUGUGCUGGUCUGGAUGUGGCCGUUUGGCUUCAAAUUUGAACUCAACUGCGACAUUUUCAAUUUCACAAGAUGCCACUUAACAGAUGACAAGGAACUUUACCAUAAGGCCCACGGGGUGGUCUUCCACCACAGGGAUAUACAUGGAAGUUUAGAAAACAUGCCCAAAGGGCCACGCCCCGUUUUUCAGAAAUGGGUUUGGUCAAAUAUGGAGUCGCCCACCAACUCAGGUAAAAUCACUGGACUGAAUGAGCUUUUCAACUUGACAUGCAACUAUCGGCGUGAUUCAAGUAUCCCAGUGCCUUAUGGGUAUCUGUAUCCCGUGACCUCUGCAGAGGAGAGUUUCAAAUUGCCAGCAAAGGACAAGUUGGUGUGUUGGAUUGAGAGCAACUGGAGCCCGAAUAUGAAGCGGGUUCUGUUCUACAAUGAACUGAAGAAACACCGGCGGCGGGGGUCCAUAGAGGGCCGCGCCCAGUGGCCUUCUAUGGACCAGCCGCCGCUGCGGCAAACGAUGACGUGCCACACGCAGUUGGUCUGCUAG